GAUUGCUUGACAUUUAGUAUCUAGGAUGAUCACGUUACCUUCGAUUCGAAAGAUUUUUUUUCAUAAUUUUGUUUCCAAAUUGUAACUUUUGUGAUAUUUUUUUGAUCGAAAGCGAGCCAGAGUUGAUAGUGCAUUGGAAAUUGAGAUCUAUAUUUUGUGUGUUUUGCAUCUGUGACUUUUUCCUCGUUGUUACUCAUCACAUUGUUGACCAUUGAUUUUUUGUUGACGACGGCGAGACGCCACCACCACCAGCGUUUGGUUUGGUGGAAUAUAUUUUGUACUCAGAUCAUCUAUUGAUCGAUUGGACUACUUAAGUUUCAUGCAUGAAACUUUAAUUUUAUCACGAUGGCAAAAGUGUUUGGUCUUGAAAAUGGACCUGAGGAUGUUUAUUUGGAUCACAUAAGCGAAGUGGAUUCUGAUGAAGAACAUCGAGAUGCAGAUAUCAAGAAUUUCCUCGAUGAAGAGCUGGGCAAUGAAACCUUUCACGAUUCUGAUAGUGGCGAUGACACGUCGUAUCGUAACGGGUCAAACUUCUCGAAUCAUAACAAUUGCAGUUUUGUUUCCAACAAGGAUGGAUCUAUAAAUGGUCGUGGAAGUGGUGCACAAAGUGGUCAGGGGGAUUUCAUGACGGAGCAACAAGAACAACAGAAGGGAAUUUUUCAAACGCCCAAACUGAAUGAAAGUGGAACUGUCAAAAAGCGUAUAAAUUUCUCCACAAUGCAAAAUUCAAUCCCUCUGCAAAAUGAUGACUCCGAUGGCAGUAGUAAAGGAACUAAUGGAUUUGUAAGAGGACUCAAUGGUCAUGGAAAUCAUUUGAACGGAAAUGGAAUUGAUACGACAAGUCGAUUAGCUAAAUAUCCAAAACCUACUGAGAAGAACAACAACCACGUGACGGAUUUGUAUCAAAAGAACUUUGAAAUGGAUGAAAUCGUCGUCCCUAACCCCACAAUCUCCCUUUUGCAUAAAGAACACUGUCCACAGUCUUACAACGACGGUUUGAGUGAUGGAAUUUGGCCCUCGGCAGAUAGUAAUAAUGUGGAAAAGUUGAAGGCUAUGUGCGAACUCAGAGAGCGUCAAGUUCAUAGAAUCGAAGAAUCAUUGGCCGCUAAUCAGAAGGAAAAGCGAGCUCUGAAUCAUCAAAUUGGAUUGAUGAAGGCGGAAAUGGUGCAGAUGAAGUCGCAGUGUGACGAAGCCGAAAAGUUUGCAGAAAUGAAAGACGAAGAGGUUGUCUAUCUGAAAACAAAAAUACAGGAAGCAAUCGAGGAGUAUCAAAAGGCUCGUCGUAAUGAAGAGUUGGCUCAUAACCAUUCUCAAAGGAUACAGCUUGAGAAUGACAAACUUCGUCAAGAAGUGCAAAUGCUCAGUUCAUUAGGAACAUCUACCCAGCAAGCCGAAUUGAACGAUGUCGUUCGUCAACACCAAGAAAAGCAUGCUCAAGAUCAUGCUUCAUGGCGAAAGGUGGUUGCAAAGUUAGAAGGGGAGAUAAGUACUUACAAGAGAGCUCAACAUCUUUUUGUGGAUGAUAGCCACACAAUAAUAAAGGCAAGUGUUCAAACUCAGACAGAGUAUCAGCCAGAGGAGGAAUUGGAACAGAGAGAACGCGAGCUCGCAGCACAAGAGUUUCAGGAAGAAUUCGGAGACCUUGGAGAAGACUUUUUGAACCAGCUCAAAGACCUGCCUGAACCCGUCAUUAUAAAACGAGUUCGUGAAGAAUGGAAAACUGCAAAGAACAAACUUGUCGUCCAUUUUCUCACGGAGAUCAAGAGAUAUAAACAACUUCUGACUUCUCUGCCGGGGGAAUUAUAUAACGCAUGGGAGCAAAGGCAAAAAGAGCUGGGUUUGAGCCAACCAUUUACUAUAAAACCGCUUUUGCGCCAAGCUGCAACAAUGACUGAGGAAACAUACACUCGACCUCCUCAAUAUGAAAAGGCAACCUCACUUAAAACAUCAAGAAUUGAAGCAGUUCAAAAUCUUCCUGAAAGUGCGGACGCUGCAACCGACGCACGCAGCCCGGAAAUGAAGGAGGAGGCAAUACAAGUAAACUUUGCAGCUGUGUUGGCCAGUACUCACCCAGACGCCGUCGAUUUUCAUACGCAGACCAAAACGUCCCCUUCAAACUCCGGAUUUGGAGAGGAGAAAGAAACGUCUUCCGUACUCGUUCAAACAGACGAAACAUUGGACACUUAUAAAACACUGGCUGCUCUUAUCGACAGCUGGUCACGCGAAGUUACUGUUUGCAAACAACGAGCUGAUUUUGCCGAGAGCAAAUCAUCGGCCGCAGAAGAGGAAUUGAAAACACUGAAUGGUAAAUUUAUUCAACUUCAAAAAGCGACAAAACUCUGUCGCAAGCAGUGGAAGAAACAAGAGGAAAAUUUGCGAAGUACGAAUGCUAAGAUGAAGGCUCACUACAUGGAAGUUAUGCAUCACUUGGAUGAUAAAUUGGCAAUAGUUGAUCAAAUUGAGUUAGAAAAUUGAAUUGCUUUCUCAUUUUAUACGUUUUUAUGCAGAAAAUGUGUAGUUAUACCUUAAAAAAUAUUUAAUUCUUAAUUAGUAUAAUUAAUUGUUGUUUUUGGGUAACAAUUAUUAUUCUGCAUGCCAUUCCAGCUAUUUCAUAUUAUGUAAUAUUAUACAUGCAUGUUCCUCUACAUUGUAUUACAUUACAUUGUUGUAGUUGUAUGUAGCCAUGUAUAAUCAAAAUUGUAAUGUGAAAUUUUUAAAAAGUUGAGAAAUAGGUGCUCUUUACAAGGUUACUUAAAUAAUAUAGAUCUCCAGUAUCAUUCCUAUCUUGUUAAAUUUACGUACUUAAGGAAUAAGACUACAGUGUAUAUAUUUAAUAACGUUGAACUACAGGUAAACUCUAUUUUUAGAAAGAACUAUAUUAAAUUCCUGUUAUAUUCAAAAUGAAGUUACUCCAUCCAUACGAUACGCUUAUUAAAAGAGAGGAUUAAUUAAGAAACAAUGUAUUUUAUUAUAGUGGCGGAACCAUGUCAAAUUAUGUCAAUAUCAAGGUUUUCUUAAGCUAUAAGUCCUGAAAAUUUGCAGCAACAUGACACGGAGCUUUCAGUAUAUUUUCUGUAAUUGAAUACGCUUUUAUUUUGUACGUUUAUUGUUUUGACUUGUAACUUUAUGUUUCUCCGGUUUUUUUACGUUAGUCAAUUCUUGUUGGCGUGGAUGUGUACACAUGCAUCCUGCUCGACAACAAUGUUACUUUGAUAUUUGUACUUGCAAUAAGGUAAUGAUUGAAGAUAUCCACCGUCUGAAUAAAUAAAUACGACAGGUUGUUUUAAA